AUGGAAGCCCCCCCAGCCAGACGACCGUACAAGGGCUCGUGCCACUGCGGCGAGACGCAAUACAUCGUCUUCCUGACGUUCCCGCAUACCCUCCCGCCACCGCGGCCACCGAAGGAGGUGGCGCCUCGGGCGCAUCAGGAGUUCUACCGGUGCAACUGCACGACCUGCCAGAAGGCCGGGUUCUUCCACAUGCGCCUCGCCUCGUCGCCGGACGACUUCCUGCUGCUGAAGCCCCUCGACCCGUACGGGGACCUCGGCGACUACACGGUCUACCAGAAGGACCUGCACUUCCUCUUCUGCAGGGGUUGCGGGAUGAGGUGCUUCAUCCUGAUGGGCCAGGGCGAGGUGGAGGAGGUGGACUUGGAGGCGAUGGGAGUCGAAAGCGGCGGGGGUGACGCGGCGAAGGACGGGGCCAAGGACGGGGCCAAGGACGGGGCGCAGGGCGGAGAAGGACGCCCGACCAAGGUCUGGAGGCCCAAGAGGGACGGCUGGAAGGAGGGCAAGAAAUUCGGGAGCUACCUGAGCGUCAACGGAUACUCGGUCGACGCCGGCCAGGAGGGCUUCGACCUGCGCGAGAUUACGGAGAACAAGUGGGUUGGCUAUCUCGACUGGCUGGAGCUGCACUCGGAGGGGUCUCAGGGCAUCCGAUUCGAUCGGCCCUGGGAGGGCGGAGCUUACUGA